UCAUCAUUAUCAUUAUCAUCAUGUACAAAUCUUUAUUAUUAAUUCUUUUGUUAUACAUUUUCCGCCUCGUUAUAUUCAUUGCUCUCAUUUUUUUUCCCUUCUUCUCAAAAACACACACUUUAAAAUAUCAAAAAAAGAAAAAAUGUCAUUCGUUCCCUAUCCUCUUUUUUUUUAUUUUUUUUUUUUUAUCAAUCAUGUAAAGUGU